GCAGCUGUAUCCCUCCUAGCACCAACCCGGUGAAUGCGAGCGAGUGUUAGCACCAGUCAAUGGUUAGCACGACGCUAAUGUGACAGGGGAAGUUUCAACAGGCUGUCGCUCGUUUCUCCUCUAAUAAACUCACUAUUUCGUCAGUAAACUCGGUUUGGUGAAUGGUCAGGAUGUUCAACCCUCAUCAGCACCAGCAGCAGCAGCAGCAUCAGUUUCAUCAGCACCUCCGUCAGCUCCAGCAGCUCUUUCAGCAGCAGACGCCUCCGCCUCCGCCUCCACCUCCUCCUCCACCACAGCCUCCACCUGCACACCACAUCACACACCACCACCAGGCCGCACGGUACCCACAUGCAGCCCCUCCUCACACUAAUACAGCACACACUAGGCCGAUGGCAGUUCCUGCUCCAGCUCCUCCUCCAGCCCGCAUGGUGAACCUCUGCUCCGCCACGCAGACCAUCAUCGCUCCCAAUCCCAUGCUGCAGGGGGCGCUGCUGAUGCAACAGAUGCAGGGCAGCAUGCGUGGCUUCGCUAUGGGAGGUCAGCAGUUUCCUCCGUUCUUCGCUGCUGGGUCUCGAGCGUCUCUUCUGGGUCCUGUUCCAAUGGGAGUCGCCAUCAAAACACCACACAUGGGGUUCCCUCGACAUUUCACACCGCACGCUCGCUAUUUCCCCAAUGAUUAUCAGACCCCUCAGCCGGACAGGAAGAGGGAGAUUGAGCAGAAAUCAGCAAACAUCAGCAGCGGCCAUUCAGCAGCCAGCAGCAGCAACGGCCAACCAGAAGCCGCCAGAAGCAGCAACGGCCAAUCAGCAGCCAAAAGCAGCAGCAGCAACGACCAAUCAGCAGCUAACAGCAGCAGCAAUGGCCAAUCAGUAGCUAGCAGCAGCAAUGGCCAAUCAGAAGCCAAAAGCAGCAGCAGCAGCAGCAGCAGCAGAGCAGAUGAAGCCGUCGCUGUGGCCGAUCCAGGAUCUCAGGGGUCUUCAGAGCAGCCCGAUGAACCCGCGGCCAAAAAACACAAAACUCAAGAGUCAGAGGAGCCUUUGGAGAAAGAUUCAGCUGAAAACACUGAAUGUAAGAGCCCUGCAGAUGCUGGAGAUUCUCUACCAGAGGAAAGUGUUGUAAAUGAACCACCGGCCACUGAAGCAGAAGAACAGUGUCAAGCGGACAAGCAGACUGAUGCUGCAGAUGUGGAUCAGCCGAUCAGUGGAGCUCCAGCAGAUGCCGGCAGCUCUGAUUCAGUGUCUGCAGUAAAGCAGCCGGAAGCGGCUCCAGUCCAGCACCAGCUCACAGACACGGCGGCAGCAGCAGAAUCCUCCAGCAGCUUCUUCUGCUAUAUCUGCAACAUCACCUGCCAUAACCAGCAGAAUUUCCAGAGCCAUAUGAACGGACUGACGCACCAGCAGAAGAUGAUGGAGAUCCAGCACAUGAGUAACGCCUGUCUGGUCACAUUACUGCCGCGCGUCCAGGAGUCACUGCAGGGAGCAGCUCGCAAAGACGGUGAGAAGAGGCCUGGUCUGCAGAGAUGGUGCUCCACCUGCCAGACUCACUUCACCAGCAACGUCAUGGAGCACCGCAGAACCAAGGAGCACAAGCGCUUCAGUCGCUCCUCCAGCAGCAGUUGUACCGUCUGUAAGCUGAACUUCAGGACGGCCAGAGAGUUUGUGGAGCACAUGCAGUCGGCGGAGCACAAGCAGAGAGUCCAGCAGCUGUGGAAGGAGUCUGGCUCCGGUUCUGUAGAGGAACUGAACACUGUGAUGUUACUGGGAGAAGACGAUGGAGAAUUCUGCAGCGACGAUGAGCGCGAGGAUGAGGAGAACGGCAAGGAGGGUCUUUCUGCACAGAUGGAGGUCACAAUGGAAGAUCUGGAUGAAGACGAGGAGUUUGACUCAGACACAGUGUAUGGAUCUAGUUUUGUGGUUCCUGUGUCCGGGUUUCUCUGUCGACUCUGUGAUCAGUUUUAUCACUAUGAGUCUUCGGCUCGACACGCUCACUGCAAGACCCUCAAACACUUCCAGAAUCUGAAGCGUUAUAAAGCCUUAAAGAAGCAUGAAGACUCGGGUUCAACCUCAGCAGAAGCAGCAGAAGAAGUAGCAGUAGCAGCAGCAGAGGGACUCCUCAUCGCAGAAGAAAGCUCUGUGGAUCCGUCAGCGUCCCCGAUCACCAACACCAGCAGUACACCACCACAGCAGGAGGAAAAACUGGAGCCGGAGGAGACUCUGAAGCCAGAACCAGAACCGGAGUCGGAGCUGGAAGAGAAACUAGAGCCGGAGCCAGAGCUGGAGGAGAGGAGCAGUGAACGCGGCCGCGGCAGGACCUCAGCCAAGAGGAGAGGACGAGGAGGACGGCGGCGCUGACACGCAGCACAGGACCUCAGUGAAAGCACCCUCAGCUGUCCCUCCAUUAGGGUUCGUGCCACACUCUCGACCUCUGACCCUGUUUGUACAGUAGUGUUUUAAUGAGCACAAGCAGCUCCGCUCCAGAGGAGGACGAGGAGGAUGAUGAUGUGCGCUUUAGUGUUUCAUGUAUAUCAGGACGCCAUACUGAACCACACACACACACGUCCAAGUCACACCGUACACCAACAAUAAUCAUGGAAGAACAGUUUUUCAGCAGUUUUCACUGUGUAUAUUAAAUAUAAACAAGUGUGUGUGUGUGUGUGUGUGUGUGAAUACUUCUUUUGCAAAAACAAUCAUGAAUGCAUUAAUAUUAUUAUUAUUAUUAUGAUGAUAAGUCACGUAUUUAAUGUGAUUUAUGAAUGUCUGUUUUUGCAAAUGAACUCUUCACAUCGUGUGUCUCUUUUUCAAUGUUUAUAUAUAUUGAAAUGUACACGCAAACACACGCACACACAUGACACUCAUAUACACACGCUCUGAAAGCAUGCGGAAAAAUAUACAAGCGAACUGAGGCUUGUCUUGGGACCAUUGAGUUUUAAGAACCGUUGUCCUAACAAUUGAAUGUGCAUUAAUGUCAGCUAACAUACACACUCAAACACACACACUUUACCUUUAAUACAGGACCAUUAAUUCAGAUAUAAACCCUCAGAGAACACACACGCCCCAGCUGAACCCUGCAUCAAACCCCAGAAGCUGUUCGGAUCUAAGCCAGGGGUGUCCAAACUCAGUCCUGGAGGGCUGGUGUCCUGCACAGUUUAGCUCAGACACACCUGCCUGGAAGUUUCUAGUAGACCUAGAAAGAGCUUGAUUAGCUGCUUCAGGUGUGUUUAAUUGGGGUGGGAACUAAAAUAUGCAGGACACCGGCCCUCCAGGACUGAGUUUGAUCUGAUCUAAACUCUAGAAUGAAGCCGCUAGAUUGACACCGACAUCACUGUUAGGAUUAGUGUUUAGCAGUAGCUCAUUUCUGUCUCCAGCAGGUGUGUGUGUGUGUGUGUGUGUGUUCUGCUCAAUAUCUCAUUAAACAGAAGGAGAAACGUUCUGCAUAGAGAAAAUGAAGCCGUUUUUACACCGUUGUGACAUUUUAUUUGUCGUUUUCAUGAAAUGAAGCACAUUUUUCCCCUCAUUUCUCAUUGCAUAAUGAAGAUGUUGCAUAUUAAAUAUUAAUUCUAAACAUCUGACUGCAUUAUUGUAGUGGGAAUGAGGUUUCAUCAUCUAAUAUUGAAAGAUGUGCAGAAUUAUCAUAAUGAAAACGCGAGUAAAGCCAUUCAUAUACUACAUUAUAACUGUAAUAUUGACCCUAAACAUCACUGCAAGGAGAUCCUUUGGGAGUAGAGAUGUGCAGAAUGAUCAUGAAGCCGUUCCCGGGACCUGAAUGUGCCUCAUUAGUUUGUGUAGGAGUUGUGUGUUUUUGUUGUUUACUUUAGUUUUCCUCUGGAUUGUGAAGACGCUGCAGAUGUGUCUGUGAGGUCAGUAGUGCUGCUCUUUAGUUCACGUUUGAUCUGAAUGUUGUGGAGUGCGUGUGCGCGUGCGUGCGUGUGUGUGUGUGUGUGUGUGUAUUAGCAGUGCCCGGAUGCCUCUGGGUUUUCUUUGAGUUGUGAAAGCAACACUGGAAACAGCAGCAGCAUUAACAAGUGCUGAUGAGCUUCACAUUUACUCAGAAUGCAUCAGUCCACAGGUUGCAUUUCAUCCCAAAAUCAAACAGCACUCUACACUCAGCUCAAUAAAGAUCAUUUAGGACCAUGUAUGAUCUUUUGAAUCUCCUGCCAAACUUAAGUGUGCAAGUUUUUGCAUUGUUUCUUUGUUUUCAAGGCCCAUCUUAAAAAUGUCCUGUUUUGUAGCUUCAUUGUUCUAAUCUGGUAUUUUUAAGGCUUCAAAUAUGCUUUUUGUCCUAUUUAAGACCAAUAAAAUAAUAUUAAAUAAACAACUAAC